AUGGCACAAUGCCACACGCAGCGGGUGGUAGCAGAUAGGCUACAGCGAUCAUUGCACACGAUAAGCGUUUACGUUAAUCGGACAGCUAAAGCGUUGUGCAGGCUAGGGAAAACUAUUAUACGUCCAGCUGCGAUGGAGUUGCCUCAUCCAUACGUUGCCCGAAAUGGCCGUUACUAUCCAUGGUUCGCGAAAUGCAUUGGAGCGAUUGACGGAACACACGUUAAAGCGUGUGUUCAAGGUGAGAACAUUGUGCCCUACAGAAGCAGGAAGUCCAUAAUAACACAGAAUGUCAUGUGCGUCGUUGACUUCGACCUUUGCUUCACAUACGUUUAUGCUGGAUGGGAGGGCAGCACUCAUGACUCGCGGAUUUUUCAGGAGUGUAUCGAGGAUCCCACCGCUCUUUUCCCCAUGCCGGUCGAAGAUUACUUUUACUUGGUUGACUCAGCUUACGGAUGCUACAAGGGAUUUUUACCCCCACAUCGCAAUGAGCGAUACCAUUUGCAAGAUUUCCGCAAUGGUCGACCUCGUCCGAAGAAUGCAGUAGAAUUGUUUAAUUAUAGGCAUUCCUCAUUACGAUCAGCUGUGGAAAGAACGUUUGGAGUAUGGAAAGCCCGAUUUCCUAUCUUCGACAAUAUGCAUCCAUACCCGAUUGAGAAUCAACGACUAUUUGUGGUCGCAUGCUGCGCGGUACACAACUUCAUUCGCAAAGACUGCGGUGCUGAUGAUCCACUAUUUCGUGCGGCCCUAAUGACACAUUACGGCCAAGAUUGGAUAGACGUCGCGCAAUUGCCUACCGUGACACCCGUUCCGUACAUUGCGCAUGGACAACCACCAAACCGAACCCGCGAAAGCAAGGAAAUGAUGAUUAUAGUCCGAGAGGCAAUGACAUCUCACAUGUGGACAACCGCGAAUGAAGAGUAA